AUGCAAGGUCUACCCAACGCCAACGCCAAUGCCAACGCCAGCACCGAGUUUCGCCAGAAUCCCAUCUACAAGGCCACACUCCCGUUCGUGAUCGGCUGCCUGUCCGGGUCCGUGGCGACGAUAUGUCUGCAACCCAUCGACAUGGUGAAGGUGCGGCUGCAGCUCAUCGGCGAAGGCAGCAAGACAGGGCCGAGCCCCAACCCGUUCCGCGUGGCACGCGACAUUGUGGCCCAAGGCAAGGCGUCGGAGCUGUAUUCAGGCCUGUCUGCAGCUCUGCUCCGCCAACUCGUCUACGGCACCAGUCGACUCGGACUGUUCUUCAGCUUCGAAGACGCGCUGAAGCGCCGCGCCACACGGGCCGGCACCAACGUCACGUUCAGAGAGCGCGCGGCGGCCGGGCUCGCGGCUGGCGGGCUGGGAGCGCUGAUCGGCACGCCGACCGAAGUGGCCUUGAUCCGCAUGCAGUCUGACGGCAUGCGACCGCCAGACCAGCGGGCGAACUACCGGUCGGCCUUUGACGCCAUCAACCGCAUCGUGCGCAACGAAGGCCUGCUGGCCCUCUGGAGCGGUGCCAAUGCCACCGUGGUCCGGGCCAUGUGCACCAACUUUGGCCAGCUGGCCUUCUUCUCCGAGGCCAAGGGCCAGCUCCAGAAGGUGCCGGCCAUAUCGGACCAGACGCGCACCCUGGCCGCCGCCGCCGUCGGCGGCUUCUUCGCCGCCUUCUUCAGUAUGCCGCUGGACUUUGUGAAGACGAGGCUGCAGCGCCAAUCCGGCCCGGCCCAGUCGCAGUCACGGGGACAGUCGCCCGGACAGUCGCUCCACUACAGGGGCAUGUGGCAUUGCUUCACCAGCACCCUGAAAACCGAAGGCCUGCUGCGCUUCUACCGUGGCUUUGGCACUUAUUUCCUCCGCAUGGCCCCGCACACGGUCAUUUCGCUUGUUAUUGCCGACAACCUUUCGAGGCUUCUGAAGAAGGAUCAAUAG